GUGUGGACGUCUGUGUAAGUGUGAGAGCAUCAUGGUGGCGUUUAAAGGAGUCUGGACUCAGCCCUUCUGGAAAGCCGUUUCGGCAGAAUUUUUGGCCAUGCUCAUUUUUGUCCUCCUCAGCCUUGGCUCCACGAUCAACUGGGGUGGAGCAGAGAAGCCCCUGCCCGUAGACAUGGUCCUUAUCUCCCUCUGCUUUGGACUCAGCAUUGCAACCAUGGUGCAGUGCUUUGGACACAUCAGCGGAGGCCACAUUAACCCUGCUGUGACCGUGGCAAUGGUCUGCACGAGGAAGAUCAGCCUCGCCAAGUCCGUCUUCUACAUUCUUGCCCAGUGCCUGGGAGCCAUCGUGGGCGCAGGCAUCCUUUACCUCGUCACACCCCCAAGUGUGGUGGGAGGCCUGGGAGUCACUGCGGUACAUGGGGAUCUUUCCGCUGGCCAUGGACUCCUGGUGGAGUUGAUAAUUACAUUCCAGCUGGUUUUUACUAUUUUUGCCAGCUGUGAUUCAAAACGAAGUGAUGUCACUGGUUCAGUAGCUUUAGCAAUUGGAUUUUCUGUUGCAAUUGGACAUUUAUUUGCUAUCAAUUACACCGGUGCCAGUAUGAACCCCGCUCGAUCAUUUGGACCUGCUGUCAUCAUGGGGAGAUGGGAAAACCAAUGGGUGUAUUGGGUGGGACCAAUAAUAGGAGCAGUCCUUGCUGGUGCUCUUUAUGAGUACGUCUAUUGCCCAGAUGUUGAACUCAAGCGCCGUUUUAAAGAUGUCUUCAGUAAGGCUACCCAGCCAUCCAAAGGGAAGUACAUCGAGGUGGACGAUAACAGGAGCCAUGUAGAGACCGAUGACCUGAUCCUGAAGCCCGGCAUAGUUCAUGUGAUUGAUAUCGACAGGGGUGAGGACAAGAAGGGAAGAGAUCCAUCCAGCGAGGUGUUGUCUUCUGUAUGACUAGCAAGAAGCACUGAAAGCAGAGAGCAGCCUGUUAGCACGUCCACAGAUAUCCUUCCACCUAUUAAAGAAACAGAUCUCCUCUAGACUGAGCAUCUACCAUUUCUUGAAAGGUAUGGUGUGGGCAGCUGCAUGGUAGUGGUGUCACCAAACCAUACACCUGCUCAGUUGGAAGAUUAGGACUUUCUUAUAAUUAGGAUUCCCCAUCUAUUAUUCCAAAUUAAGAGUCGUUCCUAGUAUUUUCCUUUCCUUCUUUCUGGAGCAACCCCAAAGUCAAAAAAAGAGAUGAAAGCAUUCUCCUUUAAUGAAUCAGUCAAUAAUGAGAUAAAGAUAGAGAUGUUUAACAUUCAGAUUGACAGUUAAGACAUAUCAGGAAAUGCCUAUAGACAUGAAGACCUACUUAUCAGAUUGUUCUUCUGACACUUAAUUGGCUGUUGUCAGCUCUGAUUAGAACAUCUUAUCCAUUAAGCGUUCUCUGUGAGGUUCAGGGACAGCACCAACAGUAUUUAAGAGUUUUAUCCACAGUCAAGCAAAGGAGUGUUGUUUCCACUCAUGUACAUCACUAUUGCUUUGCAAACUACCUCUGAAAAAAUGAUACUUUAGUAGGUUUAAAAAAAGAAAAUCUAUCAACCCAUCAAAUUUCACUCAUGUGAUUUGCAGUAUAAAGAUAUUACCUUCAUCCUUUCCCCAGAGUAAAUAUGCUGAAAUUGAAUGUUGAAGUCUACUGUAAUAAGGCUGCAAAGCAUUUGACUGUACUUCAUGCUCCCUCUUGUCAUUGUCUAUCUGGUGAAACAUUCUCCUGGGGUUUGACUAUUGACCACUUAAGUGUUAGCAGACUCUCAAGGUCAUGCAAAGAAUAUAAAGGCUUUCCUGUUACUUAAUAACUCAAAUAAGAGAUACCACAAGAAAAGAAGGCAUAUCUGUUUUCAGUGCACUUGUUCAAAUACACAUUUCUGUGCUAAUUUAUGUAAACUAAAGGUUUAAAUUACUUACCUACUUUCUUACA